CAUUUGCAGAUACUGUUUAUUAAUAUUCACUUUCUAUCAAUGCUGUAAACUUUUUGAAUUAGUUGCAAAAUCUCUGGCAUCCAUGAGCUCCACCGGUUUAAAUCCUGCUUUUGACAAUGAGACAAGGCCGAGCGCUCCCAGGGAGUUCCCAGCACUCGAUAUUUUACCUGAGCACGGCGAAGAAUGGUCAUCCAUAGAAGAUUUCGAGUUUCCUAUCAGUUCUGAGAUUAGCAACGCUGUCGAAAACAGGAAUUUUCCUCAUUGGUCGGACCAGGAAACCUAUAAUUUCUUCUCGUACACAUGUAGGUUACUAUCAAGUGCGGACACCAACAAAAUAGUGUUCCAUAGCCUAUUCCCUGGCUUGACUCGAGCAAAAAGAGCUGCGAUUUCCCAGGCGUUCAUUAACAUCCUAACUAUAGCAAGCCAAGGUCUACUUCAUGUACAACAGUUAACACCGUACUCCGAUAUUUUGAUAUCACUAUGACCACGGACGUUGCGUGUUCCCAGUAAUGGGUCACUGUAACCUUGAACGGACAUAAUACACCCUAAAUAGCCACUUUCAGCACCCCCUUGCUUGAACCAUAGACUCUAUUUGUGUAAGCAGAUAUCAUGAUUUAUAAACAUUCAAACAAUAAAU